AAACGUGCUUUACAAUCGCGUGACGUCACGUGCGACCCUCACAUCUUUGUCAGUGAACAAAAUGGCAACCUACUGUCUGACUGUGGCCCGGCUCCAGCUGGUCCUGGGCCAUGGGGUACGGCGUCUUCARGUAUCGGCAGCUUACAGAGCCAAGGCCAAAGUGUCCAUGAGCCGCUUUGAGCCCACCUCCUUUGUCAACUACGAGAAGCUCCAGUCCAACGUCGACAUCGUCCGAAAACGGCUGAACCGUCCACUCACUCUGGCAGAAAAGAUUGUGUACGGCCACCUCGAUGAUCCCCACAACCAGGAGAUCGAUCGCGGCCGCACCUACCUGCGACUGCGUCCGGAUCGCGUGGCCAUGCAGGACGCCACGGCGCAGAUGGCGAUGCUGCAGUUCAUCAGCAGCGGCCUGCCGAAGGUGGCRGUGCCCUCCACCAUCCACUGUGAUCACCUGAUCGAGGCUCAGAUCGGAGGAGCAAAGGAUUUGGCCAGGGCGAAGGAAGUGAACAAAGAGGUCUACAACUUCCUGGCAAGUUCUGGGGCAAAAUAUGGAGUUGGUUUCUGGAAACCUGGCUCUGGAAUCAUCCACCAGAUCAUCCUUGAGAACUACGCCUACCCAGGAGUGAUGCUUAUCGGCACAGAUUCCCACACACCAAACGGCGGUGGGCUUGGUGCCAUCUGCAUUGGAGUUGGUGGAGCUGACGCAGUCGAUGUGAUGGCCGGAAUUCCCUGGGAGCUCAAAUGUCCCAAAGUGAUUGGUGUGAGGCUGACCGGCAACCUCUCAGGCUGGACGUCUCCAAAAGACGUCAUCUUGAAGGUGGCUGGUAUCCUCACAGUAAAGGGAGGAACGGGAGCCAUCGUUGAAUACCACGGGCCAGGAGUUGACUCCAUUUCCUGCACGGGAAUGGCUACCAUUUGCAACAUGGGGGCAGAAAUCGGAGCCACAACCUCCGUGUUUCCUUACAAUAAUCGUAUGAGGACCUACCUGGAGAAGACCGGGCGGGGAGAAAUCUCCAAAUUGGCUGAUGAGUACAAAGACUUGCUGGUACCAGAUGAAGGCUGCAAGUACGACCAAAUAAUUGAGCUCAAUCUGAAUGAGCUGAAGCCUCACAUUAACGGACCGUUCACCCCUGACCUGGCUCACCCCGUGUCUGAAAUCGGCGCUACGGCGAAAAAGAGCGGCUGGCCUCUGGAAGUCAAAGUUGGUUUGAUCGGCAGCUGUACCAACUCCAGCUACGAGGACAUGGGCCGCGCCGCCUCUCUGGCCAAACAGGCUCUGGACAAAGGCCUGAAGUGCAAAGCUCAGUUCACCAUCACCCCCGGCUCGGAGCAGAUUCGCGCCACCAUCGAAAGAGACGGAUARUCGAAGACCCUCAGCGAUGUUGGAGGUGUGGUCCUGGCAAACGCCUGCGGACCCUGCAUUGGACAGUGGGACAGGCGAGACGUGAAAAAGGGAGAGAAGAACACCAUCGUCACAUCCUUCAACAGAAACUUCACCGCCAGGAACGACGCCAACCCUGCAACACACGCCUUUGUGACUUCUCCUGAGAUCGUAACGGCCCUCGCCAUUGCCGGAACGUUAGACUUCAACCCCGAGACGGAUUACCUCACAGCCGCCAACGGAGAGAAGUUCAAGCUGGAGCCGCCCACUGGAGACGAGCUGCCAUCCAGGGAUUUCGACCCGGGUCAGGACACGUACCAGCACCCGCCCGCUGACGGCAGCAGCCUCAGGGUGGAUGUUAGUCCUCAGAGCAACCGGCUGCAGCUGCUGGAGCCGUUUGACAAGUGGAGCGGCAACGAUCUGGAAGACUUGCUGGUCCUCAUCAAGGUGAAGGGGAAAUGCACCACAGACCACAUCAGRGCUGCAGGACCCUGGCUGAAGUUCCGCGGUCACCUGGACAACAUCUCCAACAACAUGCUAAUCGGCGCCGUCAACAGUGAGAACGAUGCUGUUAACAAGGUAAAGAACCACCUGACCGGAGACUACGGAGGAGUCCCAGAUGUGGCCCGUCACUACAAGGCCAGCAACGUGUCGUGGGUCGUGGUUGGAGACGACAACUAUGGGGAGGGUUCCAGCAGGGAGCACGCAGCUCUGGAGCCCAGGCAUCUGGGUGGAAGAGCCAUAAUUGUCAAGAGCUUCGCCAGAAUCCACGAAACCAACCUGAAGAAGCAAGGUCUGCUGCCUCUAACWUUCAGCAACCCAUCAGACUAUGACAAGAUCCUCCCCGAUGACAAGAUCUCCAUCAAAGGCCUGAAAACCUUCACUCCAGGAAAGCCUCUGACUGCUGUGGUGAAGCACAGCGACGGCAGCACAGAGACCCUGGAGCUCAACCACAGCUUCAACGAGACGCAGAUCCAGUGGUUCCAGGCAGGAUCGGCGCUGAACAGGAUGAAGGAGCUGCAGCACUGAGGGUGGAGACAGAAAGGAGGAGGAGGAACAAGGAGGGGGCUUCAGGGUGUAUAGUGGGGGGGUGAGGGUUUGUGAAGAAGCAGAAUGUAAUUAUUUCAUCACUAGUAUUCACUCAAAUUCAUGACUGGGGAAUUUAAGCUAAACGUCGAACAAAGAGGGAUCACUCUGUCGGAACAAAUCAGCCGAGUUUUGAUUUAUUUUUCUGUUAAAAUCAAGCAUUAACUGGUGGUAAACCCAGCUGUGAAAACAGAGCAGUGACUCAUGCUGCCAGCUGAUGUCCUGCUGGUGUUUUUGAAGCUGGUCGGUUUGGUUCAGUGUGAAGGCCUCUGCUCACUCAGACAUACUGUGGCUGUAAAACCAUCCUGAUCCCUGCAUGGUGACCGUCAACUGCUGCCGGACACACUUAAUUAUCUCACUCCUGUGCUGUUUAAAGGUAAACACUGCCACGUGUUGUGUUUCUGUAUCAUUCUGUAUUAACAAGGAUGAUUGGUUGUAAAAUAAACUGAGUUUCAUUCACUCA